UUAUGUGCUAAACAUUUAUCAUGACGACCACCACCACCACUACCACCGCCAUCAUCAUCAACAACAACAGGCCUACCAGUGCUCGUAAACUAGGAGAUCUACAAUUGAGUGCCAGUUUUCGUACACAGGUAUUAUCGACCGAUUCACGUCAGCAUAAGCAGCAGCACCAGCACAGGUAUGUCAGUGAUGAUGACGGCACCAAACAACGCAACAACAUUCAUACAAUAUUAAAGGAACUGCCAAUUAGUGUCGACUCCGUCACCGAUGAAGAUAUAACAUUAUACGCCAAACAACUGGGUAUUGAUCCGACAUCAGAGUCACACUUGUUAUGGAUCGCCAAAAGAGGACUUUUAUCUCGACUUCCCUUUCCAUGGAUUGCAAUUGAAGAUAGUCGAGGAAGACUAUACUACUAUAAUAGUGAUACAUCUGAGUCCAGUUGGGAACAUCCAACUGAUCCAUACUAUCGAUCACUGGUAAAUCAGUAUCGUCUGAAAGGGUCGUCCACUACCUUAAGUAUGAGUGGUUUGACAUCAUUAGCUAAUUUGCAUUUUCUAGACGACGAUGAUAUGGCUUUUAAAAUCGAGUCGGUUGACUUUGAACUGGAAGUCGAAGAACUAUUGGAAGAAAUAGAUGACGAAGAAGUGGUAGAAGAGGAAGAAAAAGAAGAAGAUAUUAACGAUUUAUUUGAUACAGAUUUGGUUACAUUAGAUAUUACUGAAGAUGGCAUCUAUGAUACAACUAAAAAUAGCCAUAAAUCAAAAGUUGUCGACACAUCCGAUAAUAAUAAUAAUGACAAUAAAAUGCAAAAUAACAAAACUUUGUCGUCAACUGAUGACAAUAAGACAUCACUUUCUGAUAAUACUAAUAAUAAUAACAUUAGUAAACACCAGAAGAAUAUUAAACAGCAGCUGCAGAGCACUGGUAGUUCAGUGAUGACGAGUAACAGCACAGUUAGCUCUGAUGAUAGCCAAAACCAAAAACAUAAUGAAGUUUCCAUUAAUGACUUUGUAUUAGACGUUUCUGACGAUCCGUUUGCUGAGUUUGAUGACUACGAUAGGAAUUAUAAUGACCUUCAACAAACUUCACAACAACUUCACAAACCAUCGCAUAAACAGUUGGAAACAGUAGAGGAAGCGUCUGAAGAAAAGGAUGAAAACGGAUUAGAGACGAGUAGUAGUAGUAGUAGUAGUGUUGAAGUAGAGGAAGAUAUUGAUGAAGUGGUAGAGGAAGAGGAGGAGGAGGAGGAGGAGGAGGAAGGGAUCGAUGAAGAAAAUAAUGUUUAUGCGAAUGACGUGCAAAUUGAACAUAAAUUUGAAGAAAUAACAACAACUUUGACCGAAAAGAUAACAUCACUGAGGAAUCAACUGAGAGAAGAGCUGACAAAACAAAAGUCAUCAUUGAUUGGAGAGUUUGGCAAUAGAUUAGAUAAUAUGGACAGUCGUGUCAAUAGAAAUACCACAGAAGUCAAGACAACAGCCGAUGACGAUAUGACCAAAAAAAUUGAUAAAGAGUUACAACGGCUAAGAAGUGAUGUACGGGAAGACACCGAUGAGUUGUCAAAACAGUUCAGUCGUGAAUUGAAACAGAAAGUCGGUUCAGUUGUCGACGAUAUCGACGAGAAAGUUGCGGAUUUCAAAGAUGAAACCAAUCGAGAGCUGAGAGCCCUGAGACAGGAGAUGUCUAAUGUUGUGAAUAAUAAUAAAAAUUUUUAUCAACAAACUAAUGACUUGAAGGAUGAAUUGUCUCAAACGCUGUCGGAUAUUAAACGUCAUCGUAAAGAACAAGACCAGCAAUUGGAACAAAUGGAUCAGUCGUUGACCGAUGAAACUAAACGAUUUCAUCAGGAAGUCCAACGAUUGCAGACAUUGAUGAAAACGAUUGAAACCCGUGUUCAGGAAUUGGAUUCAGAAAGUUAUGAAAUUCGGAUACUGUCACGUCUGGAGGCUAACGAAGACAAGAAUAGCGAAUGUAUGGCCAGAAUUGAUGGCAUCGAUGGUCAGAUCAAAGAGUUGACUCAGCAAAUGGUUCAGGCGUUCGCUGAUGAAAGUCGUCGACAAAAUUUAAACAAAAUUAAUGAUAAGUUUGUCAGCGGUAGUAGUGGUGGACCUGUUAUGGUGACGAUGGCAUCUAACGAUGCACCAAAACAAACUAAUAAAGAAAUUGGUAGUAAAAAGACAACACAAUUGAAUGGAUCAGUUCAGCCAUCAGUAUCACCAAUAUCUACACAACAGAUCCCUACUGUUGUCGAUGAGUCAGUAGAGUCUUCAGGGAAUAUACUAAAUAGGAUGACAGCUAUGGAAGAAAAUAUCCGUAAAAUAAGCGAUUCAUUUGAACGGAUCAAUAGAAAUAUGUUUCAAAGUAAACAACAUUUCAAUCAUCAGAAAAGUGGUCGGACUGUUGGCAGCGGCGGUAAACAACAACAACAACAACAACAACAACAAAGAAAUACAUCAUCAAAGUCAAGACCGAAGAAAUCUAAUAGAUAUUCAUCAGCCGAUGACGAGGCCUACGACUAUACAUCGAGAACUAGUUCCUCAACGCCAUCGCUGGUAUCUUCGUCAUCGAUAAGCGAUUUCCGUGUUAUAAGAGAUUAUGAUAUCAAUGGUAGAAAGUCGACGACAACUAUGGGACGACACCAUCAACAGCAACAACAACAACAACUGUUUAAUACAUUAAGAAGAAGAAGAGAAGUUCAUUACUCUAUGCCUAACAAUAUUGGAAGAAACAAUGAUAGAGACAGUGGUGAUGCCUAUGGUAUGCCAACAGCAUCAUCGCUAGCAUAUAGAAACAGGGAUUAUAAUUAUAGGGAUCAGAUGAUGUCAGGUUUGCAGCCUAAUAGACUGCAGCACCGUAGUAGUAGUAGUGGACAUCAUCUGCAUCAUCAUCAUCACCAACAAGAUCGGGUCUACAAUCACAUCCGUACGUCAUCGUCAACCCUAUUGAAUCUGAUUAAGAAAACAACCAAAAAAUUAAGGGAUGAAGCUAUUGAAUUGGAAAGUAUGGGUGGCUAUAGGUUUGUUACGGAUAUUAUUGCUGAACCAUCGUCACCAACAAUAGCUGAUCCAUUCAAUAGUGGUGGUAAAGAUAUGAUGAAUAAUCAUAAUAAUAACAAUAGCGACGAAAUCCUAAUCAAAAAACUAAAGUCCGUACGACUGGAUGUCGACCAUAAACUAAGAAAACUGACGGAUGUUAUCAAUCAGCAAAAAAUUACACAAAUUUAA